ACGAUGGUACGCACAUGACCCUUCUGUUGCAGGCAUAUUACAGUUUCAUAUAGAGUUCUCCUGAUGUCAGUGAAUUCUAAGCCCAAGUCUUCGAGUCUUUGGUUGGAGAAUCUGUACGGGUUUGCCAUGGACUUGUCGUUCUCUUCACACCUGUUGAGGUAGAAAUCGGUAGUCGGUACAGUUAUAGAUAUGGACACGCAUAUGCAGAAGGUUGAUAUUUCAUUCAGAGUAAACGAACAUACUUGGAAGUGAUAGGAUAGUGUGGAAAAGGACCCCUGAUCAACUGGAGGAGGCAACUGCGUUGUAGUGCCGUGCCGAAGCAGAGGUAGCGGCCGCGGGCGUGGUGGUGCUCGUAGACAAGAAGAUGGGCAUGUACGACGUCGCGGACAUCUGUGUAGAUGGCGACAGCGUUGGGGUAGGCCUUCUUAGUACCCAUUAGGUACCUUGCGACAUGGUAAUUGCUGGCAUUUAAAGACCGUUGCAGCAUGGGACCGAUGGUCAUUGGCGGCACCACAACCGCCAGCUGCAGCCCCCUCCUAGUUGCCUCCUCCGUUGCUGCCAUCUCUGCCAUCAUCUUGGCACAACAAUAAUAGUUCUGCACAAUGAAAUUGUUAGAUUCCUAAGACGACACGCACUGUUUGUUUCAUACUCCCUCCAUCCAAAAUUACUUGUCGCAGAAAUGGAUGCAUCUAGAACUAAAAUACGUCUAGAUACAUCCAUUUCCGUGGCAAGUAAUUCCAGACCGAGGGACUACAUGCGUAUUAUGAUUGGAAAUCAGCUUCGGGCCAUUGCUUUUGAGCUCCUUAUAUCCUUGAUCAAUUCGCCUUUCCUAUCGGUUUGGGUCUUUGGGAGGUCUUGGGUUUGACCCGACCGCGCAUAUUUUAUUUUAGUUUUUGUUAAAAAGUUUGACUUCCAGGUGCCGCAAAUUAAUUGGUAACAAUGUGCAAAAACAAACUGUUGAAUUGGGAACAAACACUGGACCUGCCAAAAGAUAUGCAUAGCAAGUUUCUAAGACGCUAUGAGGGCCUUUUGGUAUCACUUGCAUUUAGAGAUACUAUACUAGUAUAUUCUUUUCAGACAGUUUCGAAAACGUCAAGUUUCCGUUUGGGAUUCAGUUAAAAAUGGUUGACUUUCGCCGAAAUCCAUCCGUUUUGGUGUUUUUUAAAAUAAAGAAAAGAUCAGGGGUGGCCGGUAAGAAUCUAUUUCAGCUGAUUGCUCAUCAUUAUUAUGAUUUGUGGAUUGAGUUCCAAACAUUGUUCUUUUUAUUUUUAUACAUGGCUGUUUUUUUCACUUUAAUUUAGUUUUUUGUGCUUAAGUAUUAUUGCAAUGAAUGUUAGGUCGCUCCAGAAAUAUCAUACGCCUGUCUGUUUGCAGAAUUCAUAGUCGCUCCAGCAUGUCUCGUCCAAGAUGGUGUCGGGGCUUCUGUUGGGGUUCAUGUGCACUGUGCCGUACGAAGAAGUGUAAACAAGGCGGCGGAUGCCCAUGUCCGCCGCCGCGUUCACCACGUUUCUGGUUCCCUCCACGGCGACUGGCAUGAGUUCCUACACAGAGCCCCGCGGCCGAGAACAGGCAGCUAGCAUUAAUUAUUUAUAUGAUAAUUACGUAUAUAUGCUGCAAAAUAGCAAGUGAACUGACAACAUCGUUGGACACUGGAGAGGCAACAUGGAAGACACCAUUGCAGCCAUCGAAGGCGGCACGGAGGCUGUCGUAGUCCAGGACGUCGGCGCGGCGCAAGGAUAGCCUCUCAUCGGCUCCCUCCAAGGUAUGCAAGUGGAUGUUCUUGCGGUCCGCUUCACAUGAUUGAUGCACGACGCCAAGCAAGUGAUGGACUAGCAAAGGUAACUAGCUAGGAGGUAUAUAUGCAAGAUGCAUGUGCUUAGAGGUACCUGGGUCUCUAGCGGUUCCCCUGACACGGUAGCCACGGUGGAGGAGCUCCUUCACCACCCAUGACCCAAUGAAGCCCCCUGCCCCCGUCACACAAACUAGCUCCUGCGUUCGCUGCUUAUCAGCGCUGCUGUUAUUGGCCAUGGAAUCAAUUUCUGGCUGUAACUUGCAACACUGAGAGAGACUAAAUUGAUUCUCUUUCCUGCUACGUACACAAACUUUCCUUGUGGGUUGCCGUGUAUUUAUAAUGCAAUGCAUGCUUAUACCUGGCCUGGGUCUCUAUCUAAUAACUUCUUAAAAAAGUUAUGGCUGUGUGCAUAGCCGAGGGUAUUCCUCUCUUUUCGGAAAACAAAUUCUAACUAUAAAAAUAAGCUAGGCAAGUGGGGCCUAGUGCUAUAUAAAUACCUAUAUACAUCAGCAACCGGAGAACAAUCAGAAGUUAAUUAAGCACAUAUAUACUACCAAAAGUAGAGUCAUGGAGCCUAACAUGGGGCAAGCCCUGGCUGCCGUCCUCAUACUGCUGGUGACCACGAGAGCACUAUGGUAUCUGCUUUGGAGGCCAUAUGCUGUGGCCAGGUGGUUCGGGCGGCAGGGCAUCCAAGGUCCGCCUUACAGGUUCCUGGUUGGGUCCCUGCCGGAGUGCCAAACGAUGCUGGUCGCCGGGAGAGCCAAGGCUCUGGACACCAGCUCCCACGACUGCAUCACCACUGUGCAACCCUUCUUCCGGAAAUGGGCCUCCCAGUAUGGGAAAACAUUCCUGUACUGGUUGGGGCCGACACCAGCCCUGUGUUGUACUGACAUGGAGCUUGUGAAGCAAAUGUUCAGCGACAGGACAGACGUGUUCCAAAAAGAAUACUUGAAUCCGAGCCUGGACUCAAUUCUAGGGAACGGGGUCAUAUUUGCAAACGGAGACGACUGGAAGCGACGCCGCAAAUUCGUCCACCCGGCUUUCAACCAGGAGACGAUCAAGUCCAUGUCAGCAAUAGCGUGGGAGUGCAUGCAGCAGGCUAUGGAACGGUGGUGCGCCCAACUGCAAGAGCAGCAGCAAGCCGAGAUAGACAUGAGGCAUGACUCCGACGAGAUAGCCAUGGGUGUCAUUGUGCGAGUGAUGUUGGGCAAGGACCACGAGGAGGCCCGGGAGGUGAUGGUCGCCAGAAGGGAGCAGAUGGAGAUUGCCGCAUAUGCGUUCGCAGAUCUCCCGUUACCUGGAUUCAGGUACCUGCCGACACGUCGCAACCGUCGGACGUGGCAGCUCGACAAGCUCGUGACAAGCAAGAUCUCGCACAUCCUAAAGGCACGACUUGCCAGCAGCGUCUACGAAGAUGACCUGCUCGGGCAGAUGCUCCAGCUGCAGGCAUGUAGAAGCAGCGCCGAGACUCUGAGCACCCAGGAGAUGAUUGGCGAGUGCAGGACUCUAUUCGCAGCAGGGUAUGAAACCAGCGCCAGCGUCAUCACCUGGGCGAUGUUCCUGCUCGCCAGCUACCCACGCUGGCAGGAGAUGGUCAGGGAGGAGGUCGUACGGGAAUAUCCUGCUCACCAGCUACCCCCGGUUGACACCCUUGGCAAACUCAAGCUGCUUAACAUGUUACUCUUGGAGACACUGAGGCUCUAUGGCCCCCUAACUUUCCUGCAGAGGAAGACCGUCUCGGACACCAUCCUCGCCAACACGAAGGUGCCAAAAGGAACGAUGAUAUCAAUCCCGCUGCUGAUGUUGCACCGGGACAAAGAGGUUUGGGGACCCGACGCUGACGAGUUUAACCCGAUGAGGUUCCAGAGUGGCGUCUCGAGGGACACCAAGCUUUCACGCGCGCUGCUGGCCUUCUCAUAUGGGCCGAGGGUCUGUGCCGGGCAGAACUUCGCCAUGGUCAAGGUGCAGAUUGUGAUAGCCACCAUCCUCAGGAGUUUCUCCUUCUCUCUGUCCCCCAGUUACGUGCACAAGCCCAGCAAUUUCGUCACCCUAUUGCCCAGGUACGGGCUCCCUCUCUUCGUCAGGAACCUGCAGCAGCUGACUGAGUGAUCUUCUGGAGCUCCCUCGAUCUUGUUUGAUGUGUCGUCAUGUGCUACGCCUACACCAUAAUAUUUACAGUAAUGAUAAUCAGUGAGUGUUCGCUGGGAGGGAUGACAAUUGUGAACGUUUUGAUGGCAAUUGUAGUUGUCGUAAGGAUGGCAAAGAUGGCAAUUCUAGCUUGCAAGCACGACAAUUUUCUGGUGAAAAACAGAACUGCAGCGGAGGUUCCAUGUUCUGACCAGCACAAAUGCCACCAAAAUUGUUCGCAAAUGCCAUCUUUCCCAGCGAAUGUUUGCUGGCUAUUGGGGUCCAAUAUUAUGUACUCCCUCCGUCUCAUAAUAUAAUAGUUAAUAAGCUCGGCCACUUUGGCAUACACUUGUAACGUAUGGUUAUGUUGCUAUAUAUAUUGUUGUUCUUCCGAGCUAGCUACAUACUCUGUAUAUGAACUUGUAUGAUGUGAUAUGUAUGCAAUUUGAAACCUUUUUUUAA